GCUUUAUCACGACAUCCUUGAAAUAAUAUUGGCCAAACAAAGCAGUGGUUGAUUGCAAAAACAUCACCCCUCGCCGUCUGGCUUAGAUACAAGCAGCCAAGUCAGAGAGCUUGACCACCCGAUCCUCGUCUCUGCUAUUCUGGCCUGAAAUCUCCACAGAUUAACAAGCUAGUUGUGUCACAAUCAUAUGUAUUUCAAUAAGAAUGCGAAAUAUUGAUGCCAUACGUCUAUAACAGGAUACAACUUUAACUGUCUAAAUUAAAACAUUUUUAGGAUCGAAUCCCUGUGAAGUGGACGGCUCCAUAGUGUCUUCAGUCUCUGAAGGUAGCCAACGAGAAGAGUGACAUCUGGUCCUUUGGCAUCACUAUGUGGGAGAUCUUCAGCAUGGGCAAGGCGCCCUACUCAGACAUCCGUAGCAGAGAUCUCGCUGUCAAAAUCAGGAAUGGUUUCCGGCUCCAGAGACCGGAAUACGCCGAGGAUAUCCAUCACAACAUGAUGAAAACUUGUUGGGAGCAGAGUCCCGAUAGGAGGCCUACUUUUGCGGAUGUUUGGGGAAAGCUCGAGGCAUCGUUUGGCCUAAGACCCACUUCCGGGGAUGUGUAUUACUACGCCCGGUAGCCAGUUGACGAGAAGGCGCAGAAUUACCUCCCUUUUAUUGCUUCAACAUUUAGCAUUUUUUGUUUGAGUUUUAAAUCUGCAGCGUUGUAACAAAUUGAUGUAAUACU